AGCGAGGGAGGGAGGGAGGAGGGAAAAUUGAACGCCACCAUUGGAGGGGAAAUAAAAAUGCCUUCCCAGAGGACUGAGCGGAACCCCUAUAAAAUGGGGAAAUUGACCGCCGGGGAAGGUCGGGGAUACACUGCGUGCGAAUGUUGGGGAGAAACCGGUGCACCCAAGCUGCUGCGGAGGUGGAAAGGCGGAGGAAGACGACGGCGGGAGGGAGCGGAAGAAGACGAGAAUGGGCAGAAAGAUGGAAAGAAAGGGUUUGCAGAAUUGCAAUAAAAGGGAGUGUUAGAGAAAGCGGGUCGAGAGGAGCAUCAGUAAAAUGGAUUCUGGAAAACGCGGAGACGGAGAACACGUCGGAUGCCCCCGUAAUACAAUCAGGGGCGUCGCGAGGGUUCAAUGGCCUAAGGUUUCUCGAUAGAUCAGUCACGGGGAAGGAAGCAGAUGCAUGGAAAGACAUUGAGAGACAUUUCAAUCAAAAUGCAGAUGCUGGGAGGCUUUACAGGCACAAAUUUGGGGCCUGCAUUGGAAUGGGAGACUGCAAGGAAUUUGCGGCCGAGUUAUUUGAUGCUUUGGCAAGGCGGAGGAAGAUUGAAGCAGAGAAUGGAAUUUCUAUAGAAGAAAUGCGAAUGUUUUGGGAAGACAUGACAGACCAAGACCUCGAUACACGGCUUCAUAUUUUCUUUGACAUGUGUGACAAGAAUGGUGACGGGAAGCUAUCAGAAGAAGAGGUUAAAGAGGUUCUAGUGAUGAGUGCUUCUGCCAACAAAUUGUCCAUGUUUAAGCAACACGCCGGAUCCUAUGCCACUUUAAUCAUGGAAGAGCUUGAUCCUGAUCAAAAUGGAUACAUAGAGAUGUGGAAACUUGAAACGCUACUAAGAGACAUUGUGGGAUCGGAAGACGGGAACAAGCAGAAGUUCAAGAAAACGCAGACAUUGGCAAGAACAAUGAUACCGAAACAGUAUAGAGAUCCAGUGAGCAAAUUCAUGUCUAUGACAGGAGAAAAGAUGCACGAAAAGUGGCAACAAAUAUGGGUACUCACAUUGUGGGUGUGCAUCAACAUGACACUCUUUGUCUGGAAGUUCAACCAGUUCAAGCACCUAGCAGCCUUCCAGAUAAUGGGCUAUUGUGUAUGCAUAGCCAAAGGCUCUGCAGAGACACUAAAGUUCAAUAUGGCUCUCAUUCUGCUCCCUGUGUGCAGAAGAACUCUCACCACCAUCCGAGAGUCAUUCCUCGGUGCAAUAAUCCCUUUUGAUGAUAACCUCGCCUUCCAUAAGAUAAUCGCCCUUGCAAUUAUCAUUGCCACGUUUGUUCAUGCGCUGAUGCAUACAAGUUGCAACUUUGUGAGAGUCGCCGCAUGCUCAAGAGAUAAAUUCAUGGCGAUUCUAGGUCAGCCUUUCAAGUAUCGCCAGCCCACUUACGCUAACUUGGUUGCAUCAACCCCGGGCCUAACUGGAAUUUUGAUGAGUCUUUUGAUGGUAUUCAUCUUCACCUUGGCAACACAUUCUUUCAGAAGGAAUGUCAUCAAACUGCCCCCACCCCUUCAUCAUUUAGCAGGGUUUAAUGCUUUUUGGUAUGCACAUCAUCUGCUGGUAGUAGUCUACUUCCUCUUUAUCAUCCACGGCUACUUUAUCUUCCUCACACAAGAAUGGUAUAAAAAGACGACGUGGAUGUAUAUCAUAGUACCAAUGAUAGCAUAUGCCAGUGAAAGAGUUUUCCUCGUCUACGAAAAUAAAUACGAUGUGAACAUCAAAAAGGCAGUGAUAUAUACAGGAAAUGUUUUAGCACUGUACAUGAGCAAGCCUCCAACAUUCAAGUAUAAGAGUGGAAUGUACAUUUUCGUAAAAUGUCGGGAUAUAUCAAGUUUUGAAUGGCAUCCUUUCUCAAUCACUUCUGCACCUGAUGACAACUACUUAAGUGUCCACAUUCGUACGCUUGGCGAUUGGACGACAGAGCUUAAAAACAAAUUUGCAAAGGCAUGUGAACCGCAAUCUGUGCAAUCAAUAAAGGGAAAUCUUGUGAGGAUGGAAACUAAAGCCUACUCAAAUGCUUCUGGGGAGUCACAAACAGUAUUUCCAGCAAUUUUAAUAAAAGGACCCUAUGGUGCACCAGCUCAGAAUUACAAGAAAUAUGACAUCCUUUUACUCAUUGGCUUAGGCAUUGGAGCAACGCCAUUCAUCAGUAUUAUCAAAGAUAUCUUACACAGUGAAGCAGUUGUCACCGAGCCGCAAAACCUUGAGUUCCAUGUGUCGAAUGUGGAACCUAAUAGGGCGGGGCCUCAUAGAGCUUAUUUCUACUGGGUGACACGAGAACAAGGAUCAUUUGAAUGGUUCAAAGGUGUCAUGGAUGACAUAGCUGAGUAUGACCAAAAUCAUGUGAUAGAGAUGCACAACUAUUUAACGAGCAUGUACGAAGAAGGAGAUGCCCGCUCUGCACUCAUUGCCAUGGUGCAGUCUCUGCAACAUGCCAAAAAUGGAGUUGAUGUUGUUUCAGACAGCCGGAUAAGAACACACUUUGCUAGACCAAACUGGAAAAAAGUGUUCUCUCAAAUGGCAGCCGCACAUCCCUCUUCUAGAAUUGGAGUAUUCUAUUGUGGGAGCCCUACGCUUACGAAAUCUCUACAGAAGCUUUGCCGGGAAUUCAGCUUGAAUACGUCAACCCGCUUCAAUUUCCACAAAGAAAAUUUUUAGGUUUAGGAGGACUUCAACCGAAUAAGAGCAAUACGGAGUGACUUGGAGAUGGACACAUUGCACGAUAGCAUUGUUGCCAAGUUAAGAGGAAUGUUGGACGAACACAAUGUUUUGGUUAAGUCUUUUCGCAUGGUUAGAGACAAAAUUAAUGAAGGGGGGGAUUUGAA